GUUCCUGGUCAGAUUCGUUAACCGCUGAGCCACGACGGGAACUCCUGUUUCUCAUUCUUGUUAUGAGCCACACGGGAAGUCCCUGUUUCUCAUUCUUAAGCGAAUCUUUUCCUUUUGACUUAUCCUGGUGAUGCCCAUUGACCAAAAACCACCAGGAUCCCACCUAUCGAAUGAUCUUACAGAGUUACAACGGGAAGUAUUAACUAAGUAUAUUCUGUCCCUUGGUUUGCUAAGAGGCUAUAAAGACUAUAGAUUAUCCAUGACAUUCCUAGGUAGUGUAUUUAAACUGGUUUGUUGGACUUCCACAGCAGAAGAUGAGGCAAAAUUUGGAUCACUUUUCUAAUGGUAUUAUUCUUGCUUUUGGAGUAGUAGUCCUACACGGUAUACAUAAAGAGAGUCAGUUAAUCACUUCUGAGAGCUCUCCUGAGUAGCUAAUACCUGUUUCAUUUUGGAAGUCUCAUUAUCUUCCUAAAGGAAACAUGCUACACUGGAGAGAAAAGGGCUUUACAUAUCAGCCUCUUAAUUAUUCCAUAAACCCAAGAUAGGUUUGGAUGUAGGAGAUGAGCCAAAGCCUGGUGUUGAUGUCAUAAUUCCUGGUGAGUUACAGAUAAUAUCAAGCAUAUAAAUAUAUUUUAUCACAGCGGGAGUGAGCCAAUAAUUGUUUCCUUGAGGUGGGCACUUUCUGUGGAGUUUGGUUCCUGCACAGAAGUCUGGGAAAUCUUGGAGAAAACGACCAGUGCAGUGAGAAUCGCUCCAGCAUUUGUUCCCUCCCCUGGUCCCUUCCGCCAUGUGAGGGUACAUGGAAACCUCUGUGACCUGGAAGUGGGCCCACAGCUGACCACGUUGGCACCUUGAUCUUGGACCUCCAGCCUCCAGAACUGCACAUCUAAAGUUCUAGAAGACGGGGCUGGAGUUUGGGGAAAUCUGAUUUGUAUAACCUUCGUAUAUAAAUAAAGGAAGAAAAGAGACCUGCUGAAGACCCUGGCAUCUAGCGGCCUGAGGACUGGAGAUGUUGGACACCAUUGUCCCUUCUCUGCCGGACCUGGGCAGGCAUGUGCUGCCCACACUGCCCUCGCUGAGCCAGGAAGAAGUCUCUACUAUUUGGGGGAAUGUGUCAGAAUUUGUGGAACGGCAGCUAUCCCUGCACAAGGGGGUUCAUAUUCCAGGACUGGGAACUUUCACUUUCAUGAGACAAAAACUGGAGGUGGGAAACAACAAAUUUAUUCUAAUUCAGAGACCCAUGUUUAUCAUGGCGGAGAAGUUAGUACAGAUCCACGGACUCAAACAAAACAAAGCAUAUACUCCUGGUGACAUCCCAGUUGUUCCACUUAAUUUUGUCAUGAUAUCUCUGGAGGGUCCAUUUACCAGAGAUGUAGUGGAAGGAUGCGUGAAGGAGACAUUGCUUUUUUUAUCACGAUCCAUUUCCACCAAACAAAACGUGGAGUUUACAUUCAAAGGAAUUGGGGUCCUCGUGAUCAAAGACGGCAAAGUCAAGAUGAGAUUCUAUAAGGACUUCCUUUGUACAAUGGAUGGAAGUGGGACUUUGGCAAAAGCCCUAACAAACAGGCCUGGCACAGUGGACUCAGUGUUGUCUAGCAGAGAGACCUUGGGGAAGCGGCCCAACAGCGUGCUUGCAUUUCCAAGGGUUGAGUUCAAGGAAAUGGAGAACAAACCACUUAUGGAAACCAUUGUAGAAGAAGAUCGAAAGAGUAAACAAAAAAGUAACAAGUUAAAAGACCAGCCAGACAAGGAAGAAGGCGUCCCAGAGAUCUUAUCACCCAAGGUAACUCAAGAUAGACAAGCCGUCUCACCUGCCAAGGCAACAAACCUCAGUUUUCCAAACAAAUUGGAGCAGAAUGGGAACAAUAUGAACCUUGAAAGCCUAUCAUUUCCAGGUGGUGUGAAAAAUGACAAUGAAAUGAAGCUUCAAAUGUCUCCAGCCCUUUCUUGCCAGGAUCAUAAUAGGGCAGGACAGGAAAUGUGUUAUGUAUGCUUGCAACGAGCCCAGCGGAAUACUCCACUGUACUGCAGUGAGGAGAGGCGGAGGAAGGAGGUGGAGGAUGAGCGGCUCAUACAGCAGUACCAAAUGCUGAAAGACCAGGAGGCUCUCUUUAAAGAGCAGAUGAGAAGUCUGGCUAGUAGGGAACAGAAUCAAAAAAAUGCUGCUUAUAAUCUUGGAGUUGCUGAAGCUAUAAGAAUCCACAAGAAUGAGAAACCUGAAUUUUAUAAAUCCUUCCUGUUUGAUAAACGGCCACUCAGUCCUGAGAUUAAUGCUUUUAAGCAAGAGGCAUAUUCCCAAAGUCUCCUAAAACAAGUGGAUUACAGACGGGGAAAGGAUAUAAAGCAGAGACAGAACAGAGAGUUGAUGGAUCGCCUGGAACAAGUGCAGCUCACAGAGGAACUUGCUGCACAAAGAGCCAAAUAUAUAAAAGAUAAGAUGGAAGAAACACAGUGUUACAAGAGAGCUUUGGAUGCACAGAUAAAGAACAGAUACCCCCAGCUGCCCAUGUUUGAGCCAGACUCUUCUGAGCCCAUCUUUGGGAAGAAUGAGGGUGAGCUGAUGAUGGAAAGGCAAAAGCGAGAACAGAAUUGCCUGAAGCACCAGCUGGAGGCAGCUGCUAACCACAAGAGGAAAGCCAUCCUGCACCAGCUGGUGGACCAAAAGCGGGACUUGUUGAUGCUUCAGAGGACACACAAAGAGCACUUAGCAGACAGAAAUGCUGAGCUGGAGCGAGUGAACAGAAUCAAUCAAAGCUUGCAGGACGACUGGGAAAGAAGUGCUGUGAUGAAGAAGCAGCGGGACUUGGAGGAAAAGGCUUUUGAGCGGGCUUCGGACAAGCUCUUCCUCCUGGACCAGUGCGAGAAGUAUCGGCGCUGCAGGCAGUGCCAGAGGCGCACCUCCAAUGUGGGCGAGAGCAACCUGUGGCCCUUGAACAAGUACAUGCAUGGCUCCCGGCUCUUUCUAUAAAACCAAAGUUUGGGCCUGCGUUUCCUGGGGAAAGUUUUUCUUUUUAAACUGUUUAGCGGGGAUGGUGAAACGACAUAUUUGCACUUUAGAGGAAACGAAAUAUAUUGUACCAUUUUGGUGCUUUCA